CAACUUCCGGUUUCAGUAGCACAUGUCACUUCCGACUGCUGAUUGCACAAGACGGCCAACUUUAGUUAGUUUUUUUAAAAGAUGUCGCUAUACACGUGUAUUACCUGUCGGGUUGGCUUUACUGAAGUGGAACUACAGCGGAGUCAUUACAAGACUGACUGGCAUCGGUACAACCUGAAACGGAAGGUUGCAGAACUACCCCCUGUCACUGCCGAAACAUUUCAACAGAAAGUGCUUGCCCAGAGGGCAAAGGUUGCGGAGGAACAGGAAGACCAAUUUAGUCAGUGUGCUCUGUGCAGCAAGCACUUCAACACCAAGAACGCGUACGAGAACCAUCUCAAGUCAAAGAAGCAUAAAGAAGCAGUCGCGAAACAGACUGUAAAGCUCAAGGAUGAAGUUCAGAAAAAUAACGAAAAAAAUACAGAGAAAAGCAUACCUUCAGAUUUGCCAGAGAGUGAUAAAAGACUGAUGAAAGAUUGCGUGAAUAUGGCAAGGAAAACCAAGCUUUCACAAUCAUCAAAGAUGGAGGCAUCCGCAUCAAAGAAAAGUAGACCUGAAGAAGGAAUGGAGGUUCCAGAUGAUGAGGGUUCUGAUGCUGAGUCAUGCGAUAGCUGGGACGAAAGUACAUUUGUAUUAGAAGAAUGUCUCUUUUGUUCUCAUGUGAACAAGUCCCUAGAGGACAACGUCAAACACAUGACGUCCAAACACAGCUUCUUCAUCCCCGACGUCGAGUUCCUGGUCGACCUAGAGGGUCUCAUGACAUAUUUAGGUGAAAAGGUUGGAUGUGGUCACAUUUGUAUGUGGUGUAACAACAAAGGCAAGAACUUCCACUCCACACAGGCCGUACAGAAACACAUGCUAGACAAGGGUCACUGUAAAAUGUUACACGAGGGCAAUGCUGUAUACGAGUACACAGACUUCUACGAUUACAGGACGAGUUACCCAGACCACCAGGAGGAGGAAUUUGAUGAGGAUGCAGAGGAUGCUGGCAUAGGACUUGAGGAUGUGGAGAUGCAGGAAGAUGCCAAGGAUGAGGAGGAGGAAGUGGACCAAAAUGUCCUGGCUUCCGAAAACUACGAACUGGUGUUGCCAUCAGGAGCUACCAUCGGACAUCGUUCCUUACAGAAAUAUUACAGACAGAACCUGCCCCAGCGAGAAUCCUCUCGCACCAAGGCCCUUCUACCCAACAUGCUGGCUCAUUACAAGGCCCUAGGGUGGACUGGAGCAAAAGGAGCUGUUGCCCAGAAGCGUGUAAAGGACCUAGCGUUCAUGCAGAGACUAAAAUUACGACAGCACAUGCGUCUUGGUGUCAAGGCAAACAAGUGGCAGCCCCACUUCAGGAGUCAAAACCCGUAAACGCUCCUCAAGUCUCGCCUUACUUACCAUAUCCCAGCACAAUGGAUUCUGUGUUUUCAUAGUAAAGUUCAUCACUCUGUUUCUGGUGACUGGAGUUUUUGUUGUUACUGAUUCUGAUACAGACACUCCAUUUACAAAUUACUUCCAUAGAAUGACAGAUUUGACAGGUACAUGUUUGGUCGCGCUGGAUUCACGGAUAUGGAUCCUAAAUAGUGAUGGGUGAUUAUCUAAAAAUCGCAAUUGAUAUUUGGUUUGUGAUCAAAACAGUGUUUUUUUAAAACUAAAUGUUACAGUAGCCUGUUCCUUUUCGAAAAUAUAGCAUUGUUUUUAUUGAAAUUUGGAAUAUAUUCCUCAGUUUUUGGUCAUUUUGGGGAUACUGGGUAUUAUGUGGAUAAGCAUAUAUUUACUUAAGAGGAAAUCUGAAGCAAUAUCUUUACAAGCAGUUUGUAUCUACUGAAUUGGAGAAACUACUUAUUACUAGACUCUGAAGAAUGUUGGUUGUGCUUUUCUUCACUUGAUAUUUAUUUUACCUUUAAAGUUUCAAUAAUUCCAAAAAUUGUAAAACACAUAAUUGUGAUCAGUUAAGAAUGUACCAGCAAAGUCAAGAUACAUUUGCGACAACUUUCGACUUUUGGGGAAUUUUUUUUUUCAGCGAUACUUAUCUGUAAUACCAAGUUGUAUGUGAAGAUACCAGAAAUCAUUUUGAAAUGGACACAUACAAAAUUGUGUUGUGUUGAUAUUUGACUUUGAUAAAUUUUGAAUUGAUAUAUAAUUGAACCUGGUAGGUCUAGUCGAUUUACUUCUAGCUGGAUUGACGAGGCUGGACUGUACAUAUAGAAAUAUGUUGGUCAUGUUUAAACAUUAUGCAGAUAAUUCAUGUUUUCAUGAAAUGUUUCCCAAUAUUUAUGAAAAUUAUGAAAGUAAUAAUAAAAUCAUUAUAUCUCAGAA